UACUGCCCCUCGCUCGGAGCACGAUGCCUGGGAUCGUGCAGUGACACCGGAGCUUUGCGCUCCUGCCCGGCAGGAGUAAUGAUUCUUUACUAAACAGCAAGGACCUUUACGAGCAAGAUCUCUACUGAUAAGAGAAUUGACCCAGUUUACCAUACAAUGGGUACUUCAAAUGAAGAGAUGGUCUCAGCGGAACAGAACUUGAACCCGCUCUGCUUUGAAUGUGGCCAACAGCACUGGACAAGAGAGAAUCACUUGUACAAUUAUCAGAAUGAGGUGGACGAUGACUUGGUUUGCCAUAUUUGCCUUCAACCCUUGCUACAGCCAUUGGACACGCCUUGUGGUCACACGUUCUGCUAUAAGUGCCUACGAAACUUUCUGCAAGAGAAGGAUUUCUGUCCCUUAGACCGCAAAAGGCUCCAUUUUAAAUUGUGCAAAAAAUCUAGCAUCCUUGUACACAAACUGCUUGACAAGCUCUUGGUGCUAUGUCCCUUUUCUUCAGUAUGUGAAGAAGUAAUGCAGAGAUGUGACUUGGAAGCACACCUGAAAAACAGGUGUCCUGGGGCUUCCAAUCGAAGGGCUGCUUUGGAGAGAAGAAUAAACAUCAAAUUGCAGGCAGACACUGAAUGUGAAAAUGAGAACGCUAUGAUAGAUCAUCCGGACUCCCAGUCACCUGAAGUAGAGCAUGCUGGAACUGGAAUGGCAUCAGUGGAGCAGAACAUGAUAUCAGCUGCAGUUUCAGUAUGGACAGAUGAGUCUGGCCUUGACAACCCUGCCUUUGAGGAGAACACAGGAACUGACACAACACAUCAGCCAUCAAGUUUACCAGAAGGUGAGAUCACCACCAUUGAAAUUCAUCGGUCCAAUCCUUAUAUUGAAUUGGGAAUUAGCAUAGUAGGUGGCAAUGAAACACCUUUGAUCAACAUUGUUAUUCAAGAGGUUUAUCGUGAUGGAAUCAUUGCCAGAGAUGGAAGGCUCCUUGCUGGAGAUCAAAUACUGCAAGUGAAUAAUUUUGACAUCAGUAACGUGUCUCACAACCACGCCAGGGCCAUCCUUUCCCAGCCCUGUACCUCGCUGCAUCUCACUGUCCUCCGAGAGAGACGAUUUGUAAGCCGAACACACAACCACAGUGAUAGCCCUCUCCAGCGAGAGGAUAGCUUCCAUCUGACCCUACACAAACGAGACUCCAAUGAACAGCUUGGAAUUAAGCUGGUGCGCAGAACAGAUGAGCCAGGGGUAUUUAUUCUUGACCUUCUGGAAGGGGGGUUGGCUGCUCAGGAUGGCCGACUCUGUAGCAACGACAAGGUGCUGGCUAUCAAUGGGCAUGACCUGAAGCAUGGCACACCUGAACUGGCUGCUCAUAUUAUCCAGGCCAGUGGUGAGAGGGUGAGCCUAACCAUUUCUAGGCCUACCAAGUCCCAAAUUGUGAGCAUUCUCAGAGAUGGAGGAACACAUCCCAUCAGUCAUCAUCAAUCCUAUCAGCUGUAUCAUAGCAACAGGCCAAGCCCACAUAAGGACCUCUCACAAUGUGUGACUUGUCAAGAGAAGCACAUCACAGUGAAGAAGGAGCCCCAUGAAUCCCUUGGCAUGACAGUAGCAGGAGGUCGAGGCAGCAAAAGCGGGGAAUUGCCAAUAUUUGUUACAAGUGUACAACCUCAUGGAUGUCUGGCAAGAGAUGGCAGGAUCAAAAGAGGUGAUGUGUUGAUGAAUAUUAACGGCAUUGAUCUGACCAAUCUGAGUCACAGUGAGGCUGUAGCUAUGCUCAAAGCCAGCGCUGCUUCCUCGGUUGUUGCUCUGAAAGCUCUAGAGGUCCAGAUUGCUGAAGAGCAGCCCCAGGCAAAUGACGAGCAGCCGAACACCAUCAGCGAGAAUGAAUAUGAUGCUAGCUGGUCACCAUCUUGGGUUAUGUGGUUAGGACUUCCAAGCUGCCUGCAUAGCUGCCAUGAUGUUGUGCUACGAAGGAGCAAUCUAGCAAGCUGGGGGUUUAGCAUUGUUGGUGGCUACGAGGAAAAUCAUACAAACCAGCCUUUCUUCAUUAAAACAAUUGUUCUAGGAACACCAGCAUAUUUUGAUGGAAGACUCAAAUGUGGUGAUAUGAUUGUUGCUGUCAAUGGACUUUCAACCAUGGGUAUGAGCCAUUCAGCGCUGGUUCCUAUGUUGAAGGAACAGAGGAACAAAGUAACACUGACGGUUAUCUGCUGGCCAGGAAGUCUUGUAUAGCAUGCAAAGAAUAUAUACGUUGGUUCAAACAGCUUUUCUUUUUUUUUUUUUUGGAAAUGGCUGGCUCAAAUUUUUCAAGCAAAGCUGUGUUUUUCUUUUUUCCCUUUUCUACUAAUGCAGCUGGUAAUAAGCUGGGCCAAAAAUUGCUACCUUCAUAUCUGAGAAGGGUGUGUGAACAAGGGGUGGGUGGGAAAGGAAGAUUUUUAACCACACUGUGUUGUUCUUUCCAUCCUAAAAUAGCCAUUUCUGUCAAAUUGUGUUUAUUUACCACCGCUGUGUCACUGUGGUAUCCAUGUGCAUAGACUUCAGCUUCUUGGUUGGCUUACAGAAGUCAACUUACUCAAGCAAUUGUAGUGGGGGCGGGGUUGCACCUAGCCAGGGUGCUAACAUGCUGGCAUGUUAGGUACCUGAUAGGCUGAUCUCUGCAUUGCUAGAUACUGAUGCAAAUGUAUAACCUUAAGCAGGUUAGCAACAAAUGAUAUGUAAGGCCUUCUACAGUAAGAGACGGUUAUUCUGUAAGGUGCUUUCUACUUUGGUUUCAGCUUUGCUCACAGAAGAUACACCAGGAACCAUCUGUUUUAAUUGUUAAAGUGGGUGGCCAUGUUAACAUUUAGUAGAUUAACUUCUACGCAUUUUUCUUACAUUUUGCUAUUCUCGUUUCUAUCAAGAGCCUGAGCAAUUCCUUGUGUUAUGGCUGCCACAUAGAAACUGCAGGAAACAGUUCCACGUAGCACCUGCCCCAUACAGUAUAACAGUCUUAACCCAUAAGAAGGACAUAUUGCCCUAUUAUGUAUAAAGUCGACAUACUAAUUCCAUCAUGAAAUGCACUGGAGGGCAGGGGUGGCAGAAAGAAAGAACAUGGUUAUUAGCCAUUAUCCAACAAAAGUAUUUAUGGCAUCAUAACUAUAAUGUAGCAAUUUGUCCCUGGCUACAUGUAAUCAGCAUUCCCAUGUUUCAUGAUGAAGCAUGGCAGUGUAGCUUGUAAGUACACCGUCCAUGUGACUCCCUUGUAGCAUAAAUAGCUACCCCAAGGCUGAAACUGCAUCAGUAUUAUUAUAUAAGGCAUGCACUGAUGCAUCACCAACCUGUGAAAGCUGCAUCAAAUGCAGAGCAGUGCACAUUCUAUGUGCAUAUUGUGUGCUAUGCUACAGGCAGGUAUCCUUUGUGAUAAUUCCAAAUCCUGUAAUCUG